CGCGAGUUGAGUUAUCGCAUGGCUCGGAUGAUCUAAUUUUAGAAUCAUUUUUUUUAUCGGAUGGUAUAAGCAUUACGUCGAAGAAACAUACACAUUUGACUCGAUGUGCUGGCGGAUAUUAACUCGCCUGGCUGGCUUGCUGAAAAUAGCUCUGGCUUACGCUGAAUUGGGAUAUGAUGAUGUUGCGUACGCGCCAUAUUGGUCGCGAAUGUGGACGUUCCAGGAAUACUACCUGCCUGAGAAGUUGUCGCUAUGUAUGUGUGAGGGCCUUCAACUCGACAGACAGGGUCUUCCACGAAGCAGCAGUCUAUUAUAUAUCCAAAGGGUCUAUGUGUCCAAGGUUUUUGGAGCUAUCCCUAUUCCGUGAAGAUUGCACCAGAAAUACUACCAGACUUAACCGCAGAACGGCGGAGAAAUGAUAUGAAUCAUCAGGAUAUACCAUGGCAGGUGGAGGGAAUGUCAGAUCACUU